AUGUCCUCGGCUGCCGACUCAUACCAGCCGGUCCAGGACUACGAGUCGAAGAAGCUUCUCGUCUCUCUGCUAAGGAAUCCAAGCCAAUACGAGAAAUGGUUCGAGCAGUACGCCUCUGGCGUCGUCUAUCGCAUCGGGUUCGGCCGCUGGAUCGAGACCGGAGAGGAGUCUGAUUUCAAGAGGGUCAUCAAAGUAGCGAAGACAGUCGAGCGAGUGGCAUCACCAGGCGCCUAUCUCGUGGACUCGUUCCCGAUCCUGAAUUACAUACCAACGCCGCUGGCGCCAUUCAAGCAGGAGGCGCGCCGGUUGCAUGCUGAAGAGCUCAGUCUCUUCCGGAAACUCCAGCAGGAUGUACGCGAUGAGAUGGCAACCGGUAAGGCUACCACGACUAGCUCGUUCACCCGCGUGUUCCUCGAGAACCAGGACAGCUACCAGCUCUCUGACGACGAGGGUGCGUACGUCAUUGGCACUCUGUUCGAGGCUGGCAGUGGCACGACCGCUGCGGCCAUGAUGUCCUUCUGUCUGUGCAUGUGCCAUUUCCCGGAAUGGCAGUCCAAGAUGCAGGAGGAAAUCGACGCUCACGUAGGCGAUCGAACGCCGCAAUUCGAGGACAUGCCCAACCUGCCCACCCUGCGAGCCGUCAUCAAGGAGGUCUUGCGCUGGCGGCCAGUGACCGCGGGGGGCAUUCCCCAUCAACUGACCAAGGACGACACAUACGAGGGAUUCUUCUUCCCAGCGGGCACUGUCUUCCACGCGAACAAAUGGGCCAUCCACCGCGACCCGGAGCUGUAUCCUGACCCAGACAACUUCCGGCCAGAGCGAUGGCUGAGCCGGGACUUCCCAACCACGUACCGCGAGCCGCUGACGAAAUACCCCAACCUGCGAAACUACUCGUGUUUCGGCUUCGAGCGCCGGAUCUGCCCAGGGCAGAACAUUGCGGAGCGGUCGAUGAACAUCCUGACGGCGCGCAUUGCGCGGGCGGUCCACCUCCGCAGGAAAAAGGACGCGCAGGGCAACGACCUUCCCUUGCCGCUGUACGAUUACACGGCGGGAGUCAAUGUGCAACCCAAGCAUUUUGAUUUUGAUGUCGUUCCCAGACCGCCUGAACGAGCGGAGCAGAUUGUGGCGGCGUUUAAGGAGGCGAGGUCAAAGCGGGAUCUAUGA